AUGGGUGGUGAUCGUGUCCCGUCACUGAAUCUCGAUGAGCCUGUUUCAAUGCGAAAAUUGCGUAUAUUUUAUAUGGAAGGUAUCAAUGAUGUACCGUUGAUACAACCACUGAGCAGGGACAUGAGGACAACUCUGCGGAAAGCUGUCGGCUAUUUUGAGCGCAAAUAUGAUCUUGUUGCCCAUCGGAUGGAUCUGCCAUUAGCUCGUUACGCCAUCGAAAUGUUUAUGGUCAGCAUGUACAUCAAGGGUGGUCCUAAGUUAUCUGAAUAUAUGUUGUGCUCUAAGGCUUCCAAAGGUCGAGUUAACCCCUUUGUGGAGUUGGUGAAAUUUGUCCUGGGUAAAUCCAAUCACACAUUACCGGGAAUCAUCGGAGCUAUAAUCGACAACAGCGAUGCAUUGAGUGACGAGCAGAAGAAAGAGAUAUCUUACAAACGUGAUCGGUUAAUCCGUGAAUUGAAGGAGCUUCUAGGGACUGAUGGCAUAUUCCUAUUCCCCAGCUGGCCAUGUACGGCUCUGUAUCACAACCAACCACUCUUGGCCCCAGUCAACUUUGGAUACACGGCUUUGUUCAACGCUAUCGCUUUCCCGGCUAUUGAGUGUCCGAUGGGUUUGGACAAGAAUGGAUUACCGCUAGGGGUACAGAUCGUCGCAGCGCCAAAUUCAGAUCGACUCCUUAUCGCAGCCGCUAAGGAUCUCGAAGAAGGUUUUGGUGGAUGGAUCGUCGCAGCGCCAAAUUCAGAUCGACUCCUUAUCGCAGCCGCUAAGGAUCUCGAAGAAGGUUUUGGUGGAUGGGUACCAGCUGGACCGCUCUGA